UCGGACGUCGGGUUACGCGCGGCGCGGAGGCGGCCGCGGGCUGAGGUACCGGCACCCAGCUCCGGGUCCCGGGUCGCGGCUGGACAGCGCGGCCCGGGCUGCAGCGAGGCCGGCGGCCCCUCGCGCCCUCCCGCCAGGCCGCCAUGCAAGGCCCGGGAGGGAACGUGAGCCGCGGAUUGCCGGGCGGGCCGUCCUCCACGGUCGCGUCCGGGGCGGGCCGCUGUGAGAGCGGCGCGCUCAUGCACAGUUUCGGCAUCUUCCUGCAGGGGCUGCUCGGCGUCGUGGCCUUCAGCACAUUGAUGCUUAAACGCUUCCGAGAACCAAAGCAUGAAAGACGGCCAUGGAGGAUAUGGUUUUUAGACACUUCCAAACAAGCCAUAGGGAUGCUGUUCAUCCACUUUGCAAAUGUGUACCUAGCAGAUCUCACUGAAGAGGACCCUUGUUCACUGUACCUCAUCAACUUUCUUCUGGACGCCACUGUAGGCAUGCUUCUCAUUUAUGUGGGCGUCCGUGCCGUCGGUGUCUUGGUGGAGUGGCAGCAGUGGGAAUCCCUGCGUUUUGGAGAAUAUGGAGACCCUCUGCAGUGUGGGGCCUGGGUAGGCCAGUGCGCCCUCUACAUCGUGAUCAUGAUCUUUGAGAAGUCCGUGGUCUUCAUCGUCCUUCUCAUACUCCAGUGGAAAAAGGUGGCCCUAUUGAAUCCAAUUGAAAACCCAGACCUGAAGCUGGCCAUCGUCAUGCUGAUAGUCCCCUUCUUUGUCAAUGCUUUCAUGUUCUGGGUAGUGGACAAUUUCCUUAUGAGAAAGGGGAAGACGAAAGCUAAACUAGAAGAAAGAGGCGCCAACCAGGACUCAAGGAAUGGGAGCAAGGUUCGCUACCGAAGGGCAGCAUCCCACGAGGAGUCUGAGUCUGAGAUCCUGAUCUCAGCUGACGAUGAGAUGGAGGAGUCUGACGCAGAGGAGGACCUCCGGAGACCUGUGAAGAAGAAGCACCGCUUCGGGCUGCCUGUAUGACACAUUCCCACGCUGCGGGUGACAGUCCUGGGGCCCAACCCUGCAGCAGCAUCGCUUCCCUCCUCUCCACCCUCCUCUUCUACCUCCACUCCUCCUGCUGUCUCUGCCCGCUCUCCACCCGCCCCAGACUACUGUGACUUAAACGAGGGAAGAGGACCGGUGCCUGAGGGGGCUGUGGGCAGCUGGAGCUCCCGCUCAGUUGCACUACACACUGACCAAAUAUGCAAGCGAAGAGCUUUGUUUGUUUGUCGUUGUCCCUUUGGGGUGCUGUGAGACCCCCCUGUCCUGUCUAACCAGGUGGCAUGGUAGAGGAAAACAGCACACACAGACUGUUGCGGGUCCUCGCGCUGAGGCUGCCGGCCUUGUGGACGUGUGACAUGCUUGGGGUUAACAGUCGCUGAUUGACCCAAGUUGGAACAGGAAUGCUUUCUUAACUCAAAAUGGCUUUUGUAACUCUUUAUUUCUAAAGCCAGUUUUAUGAGCUGUGACAGUGUUACUGUUUUUUGAGUAUGUGUUUAUUUCCUACAAAGUCUCUAUGGAUCUAAUGGGCAAACAGAUUUUUAAGUCUUCCGUAUGCUAUUUGACUUUUAUAUUUUUAAGUUAUAUUUUCAUACUAUUGUAUUUAAAACUCUUUUUAAUCCCCAAAGACAUGGAUUUGUUUGCCUUUCAUGGGGUGUGAGCUGGUGGGAGGUGGGUAAAAAUGAGGAGUGCUUUAGCCAGGAAUAUUGUUAGGUAACAUCGAUGAUGAGGUAAAUUCUCCUGAUGGGGAGGUAGAGAGAUAGCGCUUAUCUGCAGUCCCAGAUCCAGAGUUUGUUAAGGUCAGAACAGCACCCGAGGCAGCUGUUCAAGCGGAUCUGUGUGCUCCAGUGUGAGACAGACAGCCCUGCCAGGGCAUACAAGCUGCCAUGUUAGAGGCCUUGGUUAAACUUGAUUAAGGAAGGAGCCCAAGAGUUAGGUAUUUGUGUCCAGAGGAUUCACGACCACCAGGCUACUCCUGCCUCUCAGUCUCUACAAUCCAAGUGUUAGAAUGGCCUCGACUACUGGGACAGUAGCUUACAGGACCAACCUUUGCCCUGCUCUGUCACCAGCUGUCACCUGCUUGCUUGCUCAGCUGUCUGGAGAACUCUGCCUGGCCGGAAAAACUUGUCAUCAUGCCCUCCAAAGUUGUGAAGUGACUGCAGCAGAGCAGACACUGGGAGAGCCACGUUUUAAUGUGUAGGUUGUGUGAGGCAUUUCUAAGUGACUCCUCUUUGCUGGCCACACCCACUCCUCAGCCUGACUGUGGUUUUCCUGUGGUCCAGGCUGGCCUGGCAUUGCACCUGCUAUGGGAGCAGCAGGGUGGGGCUGUCUGAUGGCUUGUCAGUGCAGCAGGCAGGACAGUGGUAAGGAGCACAAGAACACCCCACCACUUGAUGGGCUGGAGGUGAUAUGGCCGAAGCCUUAGGUGAGACAAGCACAGAUGGGACAACUCUCCUCAGAACCUCCUAAGCCUAUGUCAGAGUAUGCUUUGCGUAAGCAUACAGGAUCUAAAUAUGCUUGUGACAUGUGACCCUAGCCCUUACCCAGGGUACCCAGGCCUAUCUUCUGCCACUUGAAGUCUCACUUUUCAUAGACAGAAGGGUAUGCUCUGAGUGGCCCUCUCAGCUCAUUUUCUAGUGCAAGUCACUGAGAAGAGUGAGUCUGCCGUGGGAGGCUUCACAUUCUAGUCAGGCAGAGGCCGAGACCUGGAAUGCAGCACCAGGUCCUGCCUUGUUCCUGUUUCCUGUUUCCUUUUCAUCCAACAGCUACGGUCUUCUCUUCCCCUUCUGUAGUGAGCUUCCACUGAGCUGUGUGGAAGGGUACAACUCAGACUCCUGGUGGGAUGGUCAGCUCCUGGUGGCAUUGCUGACGCCAUCCUCACAUCCCCUUCCUGUUUGAUUGUGCUUUAGCUGGCCUCGGCUGCACACAUCCCUGCCAUCCUUCUGGAGCUCAGAGCUAAAACCUCGUUUUCAGACUCGAGCUCCUGGAGUUUCCAAACAGGCAUGGAGGUGGGGGAAACACUGUAAAGGAUGGAAACUCCUGUUGCACAGCCUCACAGAGGUGAUCUGUAAGGUCCUCCCAGCUCCCAAGCAUAGGGCCUGGAGGACAGGAAGCAAGCAAGCGCAAGUUCUUUCUGCAUCCUGAUUUCCACUAAGGGCUAUAGUCUCUGGGCUGCAGCUUUGGAGCUGGCUCAGCAGGAAAGGAAGUCCAACAGGUAUCUGAUUCUAGAGCCUGUCUGUGUGCAGGCUUGAUGUGUGUGUCCUUGCCUCUUCCUGUAUGGAUGUGCAUAUGCACUCAUGCAGCAUAAGCACAUACACUCACAAUUCGGCAUCCCUCAGGAGAGCCUUGGGUGGCCGACAAGGCCUUCAUGUACUGUGAUGCACUCUCGCUGGAAUGGAUGUAGAGGGCUCUGGUCAGGACUUCUUCCUGAGCUGUCCUUCCUCCCUAGAACGAGUGUCUGCAUCACUUGUUCCAAGUUGCCUUAUGAGGUGGGACCCUUUACUGGCUGGUGGCAGGCAACACCAAGCUAGGGAAAAAAAAAGAAAAAGAAAGAAAAGAAAACAAGAAACUGAAUGCUGACUUCGCUAUGGUGUGCUGUCAAUCUGAUUUGUCCAAAUAGAUAUCUUGGCGAAGCUGCUCUUGCUGGAAGCUUGCAAGCCAAGGCAAUGAAUAAGUUUUUUUUGUAACUAACAGAAAUAAACCAAUGAGAGAGAGCUGACACCUAACUCAGA